CGAAGGUUCUGCUGACGUGGGAAGGGGAGGAGAGUCUGGAGGAAGGGGAGGGGAAAGCAGCGCAGAGAUCGCAGAGACGAAGGAGGCGCCCGCGGCUGCAGAGCUGCAGAGCGGGGUCUCUCUGGCCACUGUGUCCAGGCAUCGGGCUCCCCACUGGGCCAAAGGACAGCGCAUCCUUUUGGUGCGGGCCGGCAGGGCCCCUGCGGUCAGCAAGCUGGCUCCCCGGGUGGCCACCGGGACCCCCGAGCCCAAUGGCGGGGGCGGCAGCAAAAUCGACAGCACAGUAGAGAUCACCCCCAGCCCCAACGGAGUCGGGACCCUCGGAGAUGCGGUGCCCACGGAGCAGCUGCAGGGUGAGCGGGAGCGCGAGCGCGAGCGGGAGGGGGAGGGCGACGCGGGCGGCGACGGAAUGGGCAGCAGCCUGUCGCUGGCCGUGCCCCCCGGCCCCCUCAGCUUUGAAGCGCUGCUCGCCCAGGUGGGGGCGCUGGGCGGCGGCCAGCAGCUGCAGCUUGGCCUCUGCUGCCUGCCCGUGCUCUUCGUGGCGCUGGGCAUGGCCUCGGACCCCAUCUUUACCCUGGCACCCCCACUGCAUUGCCACUAUGGGGGCUUUGCCCCCAACGCGUCUGGCUGGGAGCAGCCCCCCAACGCUAGCGGCGUCAGCGUCGCCAGCGCAGCCCUAGCAGCUAGCGCCGCUAGCCGCGUCGCCACCAGUACGGACCCCUCGUGCAGCGGCUUUGCCCCGCCGGACUUCAACCAUUGUCUCAAGGACUGGGACUAUAAUGGGUUGCCGGUGCUCACCACCAACGCCAUCGGCCAGUGGGAUCUAGUGUGUGACCUGGGCUGGCAGGUGAUCCUGGAGCAGAUCCUCUUCAUCUUGGGCUUUGCCUCUGGCUACCUGUUCCUGGGCUACCCGGCGGACAGGUUCGGACGUCGAGGGAUUGUGCUGCUGACCUUGGGGCUGGUGGGCCCCUGUGGAGUGGGAGGGGCUGCUGCAGGCUCCUCCACAGGUGUCAUGGCCCUCCGAUUCCUCCUGGGCUUUCUGCUUGCCGGAGUUGACCUUGGUGUCUACCUGAUGCGCCUGGAGCUGUGCGACCCAACCCAGAGGCUUCGGGUGGCCCUGGCAGGGGAGUUGGUGGGGGUGGGGGGGCACUUCCUGUUCCUGGGCCUGGCCCUUGUCUCUAAGGACUGGCGAUUUCUGCAACGAAUGAUCACCGCUCCUUGCAUCCUCUUCCUGUUUUAUGGCUGGCCUGGUCUGUUUCUGGAGUCUGCAAGGUGGCUAAUAGUGAAGCGACAGAUUGAGGAGGCCCAAUCCGUGCUGAGGAUCCUGGCUGAGCGGAACCGGCCCCAUGGGCAGAUGCUGGGAGAAGAGGCCCAGGAGGCCCUGCAGGACCUGGAGAACACUUGCCCUCUCCCUGCAACAUCCUCCUUUUCCUUCGCUUCCCUCCUCAACUACCGCAACAUCUGGAAAAAUCUGCUUAUCCUGGGCUUCACCAACUUUAUUGCCCACGCCAUUCGCCACUGCUACCAGCCUGUGGGAGGAGGAGGGAGCCCAUCUGACUUCUACCUGUGUUCCCUGCUAGCCAGUGGCACAGCAGCCCUGGCCUGUGUCUUCCUGGGAGUCACCGUGGAUCGAUUCGGCCGCCGGGGCAUCCUGCUACUCUCGAUGACCCUCACUGGCAUUGCGUCCCUGGUCCUGCUGGGCCUAUGGGAUUAUCUAAACGAGGCUGCCAUCACCACCUUCUCUGUCCUUGGUCUCUUCUCUUCCCAAGUUGCUGCCAUCCUCAGCACUCUGCUCGCUGCUGAAGUCAUCCCUACCACUGUCCGGGGCCGAGGCCUGGGCCUGAUCAUGGCACUGGGGGCUCUGGGAGGGCUGAGUGGCCCAGCUCAGCGCCUCCACAUGGGCCAUGGAGCCUUCCUGCAGCACGUGGUGCUGGCAGCCUGUGCCCUCCUCUGCAUCCUCAGCAUCAUGCUUCUGCCGGAGACCAAGCGCAAGCUCCUGCCCGAGGUGCUCCGGGAUGGGGAGCUGUGCCGCCGGCCUUCCCUGCUGCGGCAGCCACCCCCUAACCGCUGUGACCAUGUCCCACUGCUUGCCACCCCUAACCCUGCCCUCUGAGUGGCCUCUGAGCACCCUGGCAGGAGGCUGGCUCAUACCGAAAGGUGGCAUAAGGCCCUGGCAAGCAGAUUGGGAGGACCGAGUGAGGAAGGCAGGGCUGCCCAGAAGGCUCAGAGGCACCUCACGCCAGUCAUCAAGGAGGGCUCAGAGGGUUGUCCCCACCCCCAGCUCCUCCCUGCUGCUUUGUGUUCAAUUCCUUGGCAAGAGUCAGGGGACAGGGAGUGAGCUCUACAGUGUAACCGCUAGGUCUGGGCUCCAUCCUGUGCCCAAAGACAUCCUCCCAGACCUCAUUCUUUCUUGCUCUAUCAUUCUGUUUCAAUAAAGACAUUUUGAAUAAAUGAGCAUA